AUGCUUUUUGAUUGGUUAAAAACGCACAAGAAAGAUUUUCGUCAUAUUGAUUUGGUCAAGAGAAUCGUAAAGCCAACAGCGUCUUCAUUCUCUCUUUGUCGGCGUCGGAAAGACAUCGCUUAUGAACCACUCGUGACGAUGCAGAUCUGGGAUACGGCGGGCCAGGAGCGAUUCCAGAGUUUAGGUGUUGCAUUUUAUCGUGGUGCUGAUGCAUGUGUGCUGGUUUACGAUAUUACUAAUACCAAGUCUUUUGAGAAACUGGACACGUGGCGCGAUGAAUUCUUAGCACAGGCAGGGCCAAGAGACCCUGAUGCUUUCCCGUUUAUUGUAUUUGGUAACAAGGUUGAUAAGGAAUCGGAACGAAGGGUUCCCAAGGAGAAGGCACAGGAGUGGUGUCGUGGCAAGAAUGCCCAACAGCCAAUUCAGCACUAUGAAACGAGCGCAAAGGAAGCGACGAGUGUGGAAGAAGCUUUCCAGACGAUUGCUAGUGCAGCUUUGCAAAAGGGCCAAGAAGACAUUUAUGUACCCGAAACGAUCGAUCUCAGUAGCGCAUCAUCGAAGCGUGAGAGCUUUUCAUGCUGCUGA